AUGUGCUGCUCCACUGAGAUUUGGGCUAAUCUCUUUGCACACUCGGAUUUUACUCUGCCAUCUUCAAUUGAUCAGAUUGUUCUCUGGUGCAAGGCUUCUACAGGGAAUGGGAAAGUAAAUACUAUUUGUAUGUUGUUGGUUCAUGCAAUAGUUUACUUCCUUUGGAGAGAACGAAAUGCAAGGCUCCAUACCUUAACUGCCAAGUCUGGUUCAGCUUUGAUUAAGGAAAUUCGGCUUCUCCUCAGAGCAAAGCUUCGGUUUGGAUCGCGCUUCCACGGCCUCGGCAAACUUGAAUCUUUCCCCUAUUCAGACCUCUUACCUCCAUACCUGGUUUCAGUUCUUCCAACUCUGAUUCUUCUCUCAUCUCCUUACUUGACUUUGCUGCUGCUGCUGCUGCUAUUAUUAGUUCCCUUCUAUCUCUUGUAUUGCCUUUUGUUUAUUCAUCUUCUUCCUUUGUUGUAA